AUGUUUCAUUUUCUCAUUCCUAGGUUCAUUCAUCAUACAACACUUCAAUGCCGCAAUGCUCUUUCUCUUUUCUUCAAUCCUCGCUAUUUUUCUCACCAAUCUGACAACAACCUUACAUUAUCCAACCUCGUUAACUCAUGUAACUUGUCCCCUGAAACUUCCCUUAAACUCUCCAAAAGGUUGAAACUCGUAAAAAACCCUAACGGCCCUGAUGCUGUCAUUCAACUUUUCAGAAACUAUGGCUUAUCCGAUUCCCAGUUAUCAAAGCUUGUCAAGAAACGCCCUUUUCUCCUUUUAUCAGAUCCCCAAAACACCCUUUUGCCAAAGCUCAAGUUUUUGCAAUCCAUUGGUGUUUCCACCACUGAUUUCCCCAAAAUCCUAAUUGGGAACACUUCCUUUUUGUCAGCAAACUUGGAGAAUAACCUAAUACCUCGCUAUCAAAUUGUUCGAAGCCUUGUUCGCGACGAUAAAGAAGUUGUUUCGGCUUUGAAACACGGCUCAUGGAUUUUUUACAAUGAUUCCAUGGUUAAUGAUUCUGUUCCAAACAUUGAGAUUUUGAGGAAACUCGGUGUGCCACAACGUUAUGUUUCGCUUUUGGUUUGUUAUUUUCCUAGUGUUGCAUUCAACAAGCAUUCUGUAUUUGUUGAGGCUGUUGAUUCCGUCAUCGAAAUGGGGUUCAAUCCUUUGCAACUUAAUUUUGUUUUGGCACUUCGAGUAAUUGUAAGUAUGGACAAAGAAAACUGGGAAUCGAAGUUUAAGAUUUAUGCCAAGUGGGGCUGGUCGAGAGAUGUCUGUCUUUUGGCUUUCCGAAAGCGGCCUCAGUGUAUGUUGAUGUCGGAAAAAUGUAUUAAUAAAGCAAUGAGCUUCUUGGUGAAGGACGCAGGUCAUACACCAGAAGACAUUGCUAAGUUCCCGGUGAUUCUGUCCCGCAACUUGGAGAAGGUACUCGUCCCUAGAUUUGCAGUAGUUAAGAUUUUGAAAUCGUCGGGUUUGAAAAAGAGUGGUUUGACCUUAGGCAGCUUUACUUUGAUAAGUGGAGAAAAGUUUCUUGAGAAAUAUGUGACCCCAUUUCAGAAAGAUUUGCCAUUGUUAUUGGAUGCGUAUAAGGAUGCGUAUAAAGCACAUAAGACAGAUUAA